AUGGGUGAUCAACAACUAGAAAAUAGUAUAAACCUACCAAAUGAACCUCCCGAAAUCCAUGUUGCCCGCCAACACCAGGAAAACUCCCUAGCAGCAGAAAUAGCAGCAUAUCCACCCUCUCCAAAUGUUCUCGAUUCCCCUCUCCGAGAAGACAGUUUACCAAUCUCUCGCAUCAGACGAACCGAGCAACUUGAAGAUGUAGCACUACCCCACAUAUUCAACCUCCUUCUUCAAUACGCAGUAACUCCCAACCUUCCCAUUUCAGCGCAACACCUUCGAGAUAAUCUAUGGGCACUCAUUUACAAUGAAAAUAUUCCCUGGCCCAACCAUCUUGUCUUCCCAUCAGUCUUUCCAAAUCUCGAACGAGCCGCUCUACAGGAAAUUCGAUAUCAUAUCCGGCGGCUUAAUCGUGAACAACAUGCUAGUGUUGCUAUUCCCCGCGACAAAGCUCCUAAUACCCCAAAAUGGAUUUUGGCGCUUUUUCCGCGUCAGGUGCCGCCUGGUCAGAGGAAUGCUGAGGAUAAACCUGUUUGUGCUAUUUGUAUUCAGGAACUUCCGGCGAGAGUGUCGAUUGCUAGACCGUGUAAUCAUUGGUUUUGUUCACCGUGUUUGGAUGAGUGGAUUAGAUGCUGCGAGGAAGUUGGCCGUGAAGUUAAUUGUCCGAUUUGUUUUGUGGGUAUUGCGAGGAUUAGAAAUAAUGGGGUGUUGGGACAUCGAGUUGGUGGGUUUCUGGGGUGGAAUUUUGAGAGGGUUGUUUGA